GGCCGCGGCUGGAUGGAGACGCAGGGGGUGGAGCCUGAGGAGGAAGGCGGCCGCGACCAGGAAGAGGACGCGUCUCGGGCCAUGGAGCGGUUGGAGGCGGGGGCAGCCGGCAGCUCGCCGGAGCCUGAGGAGUCCGACGAUCUUCUUUGGUUUCAUGAUCAGCUGGAGCCAGCAGGAAGUUCUUCAUCCAGAGUCAUAGUGCACGUGGAUCUGGAUUGCUUUUAUGCACAAGUAGAAAUGAUCUCAAAUCCAGAACUAAAGGGCAAACCUUUAGGGGUUCAGCAGAAAUCUUUGAUGGUUACCUGCAACUAUGAAGCUAGGAAACUUGGAGUUAAGAAAUGUAUGAGUGUCAGAGAUGCAAAAGAAAAGUGUCCACAACUGGUAUUAAUUAAUGGAGAAGACUUGACUCGUUACAGAGAGAUGUCAUAUAAGGUUACAGAGUUGUUGGAAGAAUUUAGUCCAGUUGUUGAGAGACUCGGAUUUGAUGAAAAUUUUGUGGAUCUAACAGUAGUGGUUGAGAAGAGACUACAGCAACUUCAAAGGGAUGAACUUUCAGCGCUGACUGUGUCAGGUCAUGUAUACAAUAAUCAGUCUGUAAACCUGCAGGACGUCUUGCACAUCAGACUCCUUGUUGGAUCGCAGAUUGCAGCAGAGAUGCGGGAAGCCGUAUAUAAUCAGCUGGGUCUCACUGGCUGUGCUGGAGUAGCUUCUAAUAAAUUAUUGGCAAAAUUAGUUUCUGGUGUCUUUAAGCCAAAUCAACAAACAGUCUUAUUACCUGAAAGUUCUCAAGAUCUCGUUUAUAGUUUGAACCACAUAAAGAAAAUACCUGGUAUUGGCUAUAAAACUACCAAACGUCUUGAAGCUCUGGGUAUCAGUAGUGUGCGUGAUCUUCAAACCUUUUCACCCAAAAUAUUAGAAAAGGAAUUAGGACUUGCAGUUGCUCAGCGUAUCCAGAAGCUCAGUUUUGGAGAGGAUGACUCUCCUGUGACGUCCUCAGGACCACCUCAGUCCUUUAGUGAAGAAGAUUCAUUUAAAAAAUGUUCAUCAGAAGUUGAAGUUAAAAAUAAGAUUGAAGAACUACUUGCUAGUCUUUUGAACAGGGUAUGCCAAGAUGGAAGGAAGCCACAUACAGUAAGAUUAAUAAUCCGUCGGCAUUCAUCUGAAAAGCCCUGGAGCCGUGAGAGUCGUCAGUGCCCUAUUCCAUCCCACGUAAUUCAGAAGUUAGGGACAGGAAAUUAUGAUGCGAUGACCCCAAUGGUUGAUAUAGUUAUGAAACUUUUUCGAAAUAUGGUGAAUGUGAAGAUGCCAUUUCAUCUUACCCUUUUAAGUGUGUGCUUCUGCAACCUUAAAGCACUGAAUACUGCUAAGAAAGGGACUAUUGAUUAUUAUUUAACACCAUCAUUAUCAACAACUUCACGCUCUGGCAAGCGCAGUUUUAAAAUGAAAGACACUCAUAUGGAGGAUUUUUCUAAAGACAAAGAAACAAAUUGGGAUUUUCUACCAACUGGAAGAAUUGAAAGUACAAGAACUGGGGAGUCUCCACUAGAUAACACAAAUUUUUCUGAAGAAAAAGACAGUAAUGAAUUCCCACUCUGCUCACUUCCUGAGGGUAUUGACCAGGAAGUAUUUAAGCAGCUUCCAGUAGAUAUUCAAGAAGAAAUCCUUUCUGGAAAAUCUGGAGAAAAAGUUCAAGGGAAAGGAAGUUUGAGUUGUCCAUUACAUGCCUCUAGAGGAGUAUUAUCAUUCUUUUCCACAAAACAAAUACAAGAUAGUCCCUUACAUCCUAGAGAUCAUUUAUCCAAAAGCAAACAGAUGUCCUCUGUAUCUCCCUGUGAACCGGGAACUUCAGGCUUAAAUAGCAGUAGUUCCUCUUAUCUGUCUAGCCAAAAGGAUUAUUCACAUUAUUUAGACAGUAGAUUAAAAGAUGAACGAAUGAGUCAAGGACCUAAAGAAUCUAAAGGAUUCCACUUUUCAAAUACAAACCCCACUGUAUCUGUUUUCCAUUCAUUUCCAAAUUUGCAGAGUGAGCAACUUUUCUUCAAAAACCGAACUACAGAUAGCCAUAAGCAACCAACAGCAACAGUCUCUCGGCAUGAAGGACUAACAGAAAAUAGAGAGCAAGACUCUACUGAUGAGAAAAUUACUUUUCCUUCUGAUGUUGAUCCUGAAGUUUUCUAUGAACUACCAGAAGAAGUACAAAAAGAGUUGUUGGCUGACUGGAAGAGAACAUGAUCAGAUUUCCAUAUUGUAAAUAAAUAAGCAUGUUCAGAAAAAAGGUCUAAAAAAGCAAGGGAAAGACCACUGUUGUCGGCAGUUUAUUAAGCUCUUCUAAAUUAAACACUAAUAGAUAUUCAAUAAUGUAGAAAUCCAAUAUAAAAUGCUCUAGAUAAAGCAAGAAUAGUUAUGGGAAGUAAAUUCUGUUACAGCAUAGAAAUAUUUAUGACAGAAGACAUAAUGUAAAAUAGUACCUUCCUCUGAUUUCUAAAGCUAUUUCAUAUUGCUUUUCAAUAAAAAGAAUAUCAU